AUGCCGUACAAUAUCGCGAUGAUCAGCGAUUUCUUCUUCCCCCAACCUGGCGGCGUUGAGAGUCACAUCUACCAGCUAUCGACCAAGCUCAUAGACCGGGGACACAAGGUUAUAAUCAUCACACACGGGUACGAGGGUCGCCGAGGCGUGCGCUACCUUACCAACGGCCUGAAGGUCUACCACGUUCCCUUCUUUGUCAUAUACCGCGAGACCACCUUUCCGACUGUAUUCUCCUUCUUUCCCAUCUUCCGCAACAUCGUCAUCCGGGAAAAGAUCGAGAUAGUGCAUGGCCAUGCCAGUCUCAGCAGUUUGUGCCAUGAGGCAAUCCUGCAUGCGAGGACAAUGGGCUUGAGGACUGUUUUUACGGACCACUCCCUUUUCGGCUUCGCUGAUGCUGCCAGCAUCCUGACCAACAAGCUGCUGAAAUUCACUCUGAGCGAUGUUGACCACGUUGUGUGCGUCAGCCACACCUGCAAGGAAAAUACCGUCCUUCGAGCCUCAUUGGAUCCUCUCAUGGUAUCAGUCAUCCCCAACGCCGUGGUGGCUGAGAACUUCCGGCCAAAGGGAUACAAAGAGCUGGAAGAUGGCUCCGCCCCUUCUCCAGAUCGUCGCUCUUCAGUAGCAAACCAGACUCUUGGCCCCAACGAUACCAUAACCAUCGUCGUUAUAUCGCGCCUGUUCUACAACAAAGGCACAGAUUUGCUCAUUGCAGCCAUUCCAAGGAUCCUGGCUGCCCACCCAAACGUCAAGUUCAUCAUUGCUGGUUCCGGACCGAAGGCCAUAGAUCUCGAGCAAAUGCUCGAACGGAACGUGCUACAAGAUCGGGUUGAACUUCUGGGACCGGUUCGCCACGAAGAAGUCCGAGAUGUCAUGGUUCGCGGCCACAUUUACCUCCAUCCUAGUCUGACCGAAGCAUUCGGCACCGUGAUUGUGGAAGCUGCUAGUUGUGGUCUUUAUGUCGUCUGCACACGUGUUGGCGGUAUACCCGAAGUGUUGCCCGCGCAUAUGACAACAUUCGCCAAGCCCGAAGAGGAUGAUCUCGUGGAUGCUACAGGAAGAGCCAUCACGGCUCUCCGUGCCAACCGAAUCCAUACGACGCGCUUCCAUGAACAAGUCAAGAUGAUGUAUUCUUGGACCGACGUGGCGGAGCGCACCGAAAGGGUUUACAACGGUAUCUCCGGAGUCCUUAGCGAGGAGGAAUUUUACGGCUACUCUAGCAGCGGGUGGGGGGCCACGCGCGGACGCGCCGGUGUACAGAGCUUUGCGCUCAUAGACCGGUUGAAACGAUACUAUGGCUGCGGUAUCUGGGCUGGCAAGCUCUUCUGCCUAUGCGUCAUCAUUGACUACCUGAUCUUUGUGCUCUUGGAGUUCUUCUAUCCGCGAGAACGCAUCGACAUCUGUCGGGACUGGCCGAGAAAACUUGCAGCGGCCCAAAUCCAAGAAAAAGCCGAACGUGCAUCCGAGGAGAGGGCCAGCGUACCUCGAACUAGGAGCGUCAGAAGCCGUGACAAGAGACGUGCGGCGUGA